AUGUGUUUUGUAGCAGAUAAACUAAAACGAAUUGGUAAUUGGACUACUGAACUGGAUAAAGUAUUCAAGUUAAACGCUGAAUCUGAUCCAACUUUAAAAUGGCAAUACUUUGGGAGUUCAACAGGUUUUUUCAGAUAUUAUCCAGGUGCUAUGUGGGAUAUUCAGUUAGAUGAAUAUCGUUUAGAUUUUUUUGAUUGCCGUUCUCAACCUUGGUAUUUACAAGCAUCUGCUUAUCCAAAAGAGAUGAUAAUUUUAAUUGAUAAAAGUGGUAGUAUGAAAGGAAGAAGUGAUAUCAUAUCGAAUGCUACAGCGGCUGAGAUACUUAAUACAUUAACAGAAAACGAUUAUUUUAAUGUGAUGAUGUUUUCUGAUAGUACAAUGUACGCUGAUCCAUUGAUUACUGACAGAUUAAUUCAGGGUACCAAAUUCAAUAAAGAUAAAAUGAUCAAAACUUUUCGAAAAUUUAGUCCAAAUGGAACAGCUUCUUAUGAGAAUGCAAUAACAGAAGUUUUUAAACUGUUCAAUAAGACUGAUGAAAAUUUUCCUUCAAAUCAUAAAUGUAAUCGAAUGAUCAUGAUUAUUACAGACAGUGCUCCAGGUUCAUAUGAACAUCUAUUCAAAGAGUUUAAUCCACAGAAAUAUUUGGAUAUUAUUGCACGAUCCAAUGCCUUACAAGAUGACGCUUACUUUACAUGGACUGGAGUUACUGUUCGUCAGUUUAAUUUAAAAAAUAUACCCAAUCGUUCAUUCAUGAAUGGAUUUAUGCAAAAUAUGCUCAUGGAGCCAGAUCCUGUCAGAAUUGAUACUAUGAUUGCAUCAAAAGAAGAAUUACCUAAAAUGUAUACAUCAGUAGCAAAAGCUGUUUACGAUAAAACAAAUAAAGCUAAAAGGUUAAAGGAAGGAAAUCUUCUUGGAGUUGCUGGAGUUGAUAUACCAUUACAAUCUUUUCAGGAUACACUACGUGGAUGGAAAGAUGUUUUUGGUAAUAUUGAUUCAGUUAAUGAUGUUACCUUGAAACAACCGAACAUUAAGAUUGGUGCCAACAAUUAUUUGUUUGCUGUGGAUAAUAAUGGGUUUGUUUUAUUUCAUCCAGAUUAUCGACCCGUUCAUACCAUGUUUGAAGCCAAUAAGAAAUACUUCAUAGCGCCAAUAGAUCAAAGUCCAUUCACUUUGGGUUUGGCAAUUCAUUGGGAUUCAACUACUCAAAAAGGUUAUCCUAUUCCACAAUAUCGAUUUAAUCCAAAAGAACUAUUUAAUAAUUUACAUGGUGAUGAAGAAUAUCUUGGUCGAAUAUAUCUAGAUGCAAAAGAAACUCGUGAUCUACCAGCCUAUUGGUACAAACAAUCUAAAAGCUCUUCAGUUACUAAAAAUUUCAUAACAGAUCAUAUUGGUGGAGUGGAAGAUUCAUUAUAUUCGGCAACUAUUCUAACUAACCGAUAUUUAUCUGAAGAUAAUGCUCUUGUUUUUCAUACACCACCAAAUGAUUUAUUUCGUCAUUUUUCUAGUGAAAAACUAGAUGUACCUAUUACUUUAACAACAACAAUAUUCCAUGAACCAAGUAAAACACCAAUGGGUAUAGUUGGAUUACAAAUCACAUAUACAGAAAUACAAAAUGAAUUUAAUCGUAUUACAAAUACAUGUUUUACGGGUAAAUGUCAUGUUUGUGGAGAUCCUGGUUUCGAUUGUUAUAUUAUUAAUCAAGCUGCAAUGGUUUUGGCAUCAAAUGUAGGUGAGAAAGAGGUGGGACAAAGUCUGAAAGAAAUUAACUGUGCACUUGUUGAAGAUUUGGUCAAACAUUCUAUCUUGAAUGAGGUAUAUUUAUACGAUUUCCAAGGAAUUUGCAUUGAAACAGUACAAGAAACUCCUAAUUUCGGAAAUCAUUUAUACCCACCAUUUCGAAUUGUAUGGAAAAUGAUUAUAUGGUUCGUAAAUGAAAUAGCUUUAUUUAUGUUUGGUUUUGUUGAAGAUCUCUUGUCGUAUAGGAUCACAUUUGGUCAAAAAUGGGGUUUAUAUUCAGAAACAGAAGAUUUAUUAGAUAAAAAUCAUAAAGAAACAUUACCAUCCUAUCAAAAUAGAGAAAAUAAUUUACCGCCUGAAGAUUUUAUGAUUCGUCAGAAUCUAAUGUAUUAUAAUAUGGAUGAAAAAAAUAAAAAAAUCAAUAAUCAAUAUCAAGAUCUAACCGAUGAUGAAUACCCUUAUAAUCCUUUAUUAUUGAAUAAUGCAAUACAUUCAAGACCAUUAUCAAUACAAAGACAAGAAAAACAAUCUAUUGAAGAUCAUAAAGAAUUACAUAAUACCCUUCCAAAAUAUCAUCAUGAAAAUAAAUCAAUAAUCAAUAAUUCAUCAUCACAUAAUCAAUCAACUGAUAAUAUGAUUAUAGAAACUAUAUUAAUACCGGAAUUAAAAGAAGAAUCUAUUGAUGAAUUAUAUGGAAAAAUUGAUCAAGAUCCAUAUGAUACACAAUUGAAAGCAUUAACAGCCAUAGAAUUAUGUCGUAAAGAACAAACUAUACAAAUUCAAUCAAUAUUAGAUUUACAAUCAGAAAUUAAUGAUAUCAAUAAUCAUCCUAAUUAUAAUAAUACAGAUGAAAUGAUCAAUUAUACUGAAUCAACCAAUACAAAUUCAAUCCAUUUCAAUUCUGGUAUAGGUAUAGGUAAAGGUGGUAAAUUAAUACCAGGUAGUUUAUUAUCAUGUGUACAUCGUUCGGUACAACAACGUUGUCAUACAGGUGCUGGUACAAGUAGUUAUACUGGACGUUAUGCAUGUGAAGCAAUCUGUGAAAUUGUUAGAGAACGUAUGCCACAUUUAGCUAAUCGUUUAGAAGAUUGUAAACAACCAUUAACAUCAUGUACAGAAAGAUUUAUUACAUAUAAUGUUAUAUUACAGAAUUCUAAAACUAUUCAAAAUGAUCAUAGUUCAUUGAAACCAAAUUAUAUGAAACCAUCAACUGGUGGAAUAUUAAAUGAAAAUGAUUUAACAGGUGAAUAUUGUAAUGAAUGUGGUGGACGACGUUGGUGGAUUAAAAAAAUACCAAAAACCAAUUUAUUCUUAUUGAUCAAUGUAGCACAAUCAGGAUCACAAACAAUUUUAUGCAAGUGCAAUUGUCAAAAGAGAUUUCGUUAUGGUGCACGUAUAGCAAAUAUCCUUUAUCAUGAAUGUAUAAAAUUAGCCGAGGUUUUUUUUUGUUUUUCAUUCUAA